GGUCGUCGAACCGUCCACCAAUCUCUACCAUUUUACCCCUCAAAACCUCGAGAUAUACGAGUCCAAAAAGAAAAGCGAGCCCCGGGAUCGGGAAGGGCUGGUGAAGUCCGUCACGACAACCGCCGACAAGACCUUCCACCAGUCACAACUUAAAGCGACACCGCCGGCGACAUGGUGAACAAGAUUCUGCUGACUUUCGUGGCCGCCGAUGUCCUGUUCCUUGCCACGGGAGCUGUCACCUUGGGGUUUUCGUUGAUUGCCCGGCAAGAUAUGACCGAGGAUGCCACCAACGGGAGAGAGGCUGUCAGGCAACUAAUUUAUCAGAACUUCCCAUUUGAAGCGGGCGUCGUUAACGCCGUCUUCAUCUUCGUCGCUUUUGUCUUGACCCUUCCGGGCAUAAUCACACCGACCCGAGGAUGGCUCAAACUUUCCGGUUUCCUCGUCGUUUUCUGCGCCCUCUUCACCCUCUGCAUUGGCGUCUUCCUCUGGAUUCUCACCCUCCGUAUGCAAGAUCGCUUCCUCGGUAUCUGGACGGACCAGAAUGACACUGUUCGAAGCCUAAUGCAAACCUCCUUCGAAUGCUGUGGUUACUUUAACAGCACUACUCCUGCUUUCAUCACCGACGACAUCUGUCCCUCUCCAGCCGCAGCGGCUCUUAUGCGAGGCUGCGUCGGCCCAGUGACCUCCUUUGCCAAUAUCUUCCUCGACGACAUCUUCACUGCCGUAUUCGGAAUGGUCGGCGUUGAUGCUCUGCUCAUCGUUUGCACCACUAUUCUCCUCAAAGACCGUAGAGAACGCGAGCGGUUCCGACAUAUAGACGAGAAGAGCGGGUACCUCAGAAUAUAGAUUCACUUCAGGAGUUUUGCCAAGCUAUUGCAUGCGCAUGCGCAUGUCAGGACGAUGCUUCUCAUGCGUCACGCCACGUUGGGGAUUUUGACGCGUGCCGACGCCAGGGUGUUCUC